UAUAAUUUUUGUUAUCUCAGUAAAAAUUCCUUAAAAAUUGUGCCCUUGUUAAUCUCCCUUAACUAAACAAUAGGCGGCUUACACCAACUCGGCUGAAAUUGAAUAGACAAUCUUUCUCUAGGGUUUAAUUCGAAUUUGAAGCCAAUUCAAUUUACAAAACACAAUACAAAAAUUGAGUGAUGGGCUCUUCGUCGACCGAAGCUUUUCCAGCAAUGCAGGAAGUUUUGCUGGAGUUUCGUGCUGGUAAAAUGAAAUUUGAGGGAAAGAAGGUUGUCCCUGACGCACGUAAAGGACUUGUUCGCAUAGCAAGGGGAGAUGAGAGAUUGAUCCAUUUUCAGUGGCUUGAUCGCACUCAGAACGUUGUCGAAGAUGAUCAGAUUAUUUUUCCUGAUGAAGCAGUGUUUGAGAAGGUUAAUCAAGCAUCAGGAAGGGUAUACAUUUUGAAGUUCAAUACUGAUGAUCGGAAGUUCUUCAUUUGGAUGCAGGAGCCUAAUGCUGAAGGUGACUCGCAAUUGUGUAGCUCUGUCAACUAUUACAUCAAUCGACCAUUAGGUAUAUGA